GGGGGUUUUUUUUCUUGGAAUUCUCCAGAACAUUGGAAGACUCUGGUCAUCGGGCAUCUUCUUCUUCAGUUCCUUAAUAGCUUUCGCUCUUUUCUAUUGCAUCUCUCUUGCUCCCGUGCUCCAGUUCUCCUUCCUCUCUUUGAUCUCCGUUUCGUUGCAGUUCCCCUUCUCCCUCUCUCUCGCUCUCUUGCUCUCUUGCUCUCUUGCUUGGUUUACCUUGGUGAUGGCGACGGAUCUCGAAAAGAGGGCUAAAGCGGCAUUCGUUGACGAUGACUUCGAGCUCGCCGUCGGGUUGUACGGCCAGGCCAUUGAGCUCGACCCUAACAACGCUGAUCUCUUCGCUGACCGCGCCCAGGCCUACAUCAAGCUUGGGAGUUUCACUGAGGCCGUUGCUGAUGCUAGCAGAGCAAUUGAAUUGGAUCCUUCAAUGUCUAAAGCUUACUUGCGGAAAGGCACGGCAUGUAUCAAGCUUGAAGAGUAUCACACUGCAAAAGCAGCACUUGAAGCAGGCCUAGAUUUGGCACCUACAGAACCAAGAUUUGUUAGAUUAAUUAAGGAAUGUGAAAAGCACAUUGAGGAGGAGACCAAGAACUCACCAGCGAAGGUGAUCCCUGAUGCUGCUGCUACACUUUUAUCAUCGACAACCCAUAUGGUUACCAAUGGUGAAAACAACUCUGGACAAGCACAUGAGAUGUCAGAACAGUUGAACUUGCAGCAAAACAAGCUGAAAUACAGACAUGACUACUAUAACUCUACAGCAGAGGUGGUGUUGACUAUUUUUGCCAAGGGCAUCCCAGCUGAAAGAGUGCUAGUUGACUUUGGUGAACAAAUAUUAAGUGUCACCAUCGAUGUUCCUGGAGAAGAAGCUUAUCAUUUUCAACCUCGGUUAUUUGGAAAGAUUUUACCUGAAAAAAGCACAUAUAAAGUGUUCGCUUCCAAAAUCGAAAUUCGUCUGGCAAAGGCUGAAGCAACCGCAUGGCCAAGUUUGGAAUUUAGCAAAGAGAAAUCAUCGGCACAGAAAAGAAUUGUGUCACCUGGUGUGGAUACUACUAAAUCCUCUACCAGACCUUCUUAUCCAUCUUCAAAAAACAAAGUUAAUUGGGAUAAACUGGAGGCGGAAGUGAAAAAGCAGGAAAAAGAUGAGAAGCUAGAAGGCGACGCAGCGCUGAAUAAGCUAUUCCGUGAUAUUUACAGAGAUGGUGAUGAAGACAUGAGGCGGGCAAUGAUGAAAUCAUUUGUGGAAUCAAACGGUACAGUUCUGUCCACAAAUUGGAAGGAUGUUGGAACAAAGAAAGUAGAAGGAAGCCCACCAGAUGGAAUGGAGCUUAAGAAGUGGGAGUAUUGACAUAAUCCCAACUCAUUGGAGAGGGCUAGUCAGGUCUUUCCCAUUCUGAUUCCAAUGACAUUCACUUGUAAAUUUUCGCUUGGGAUCCAAUUGUUGCAAUUGCACUGGCUUUGCUAUUAAUGGACAUCCGCAUGAUAAUGGUGUGUUUGUAAACUUUUGCCGAGUUUGUGCCUUAUUUAUUUUCGUUGAACUGUAGUCAGAACUGUUCAGUAUUUUUUUCUGAAUAAUGUAACCUUUGUCAACCAGUUUGUGCACGCCCACUCGUUAACAUAUAAGUUUGUGUUAUUUUAA